GUGAUAAUAUUUCGAACUGCUUUCUCUGAAAUAACAGGAGAUACUGUAGUAGUCUGGUUCUCAUUAGAUUAUAUUGCCGAUUUUCUUUACCUCAUGGAUAUAUUGAUACAUUUUAGAAUAGCGUACCUAGAGGAUGGUGUACUGCAAACAGACUCUACUAAGCUACGUCUUCAUUAUAUGAACUCAACAACAUUCUACGUGGAUAUGCUGUGCUUACUUCCUCUAGACUUCCUUUAUCUUUCCUUACAUUUCCAGUCUAUGCUCCGGGUAUGUCGGUUAGUAAAGAUCUACAGGUUCUGGGAGUUCCUGGAUAAGACUGAGCGACAUACAAACUAUCCGAACCUAUUCAGGCUCUGCAGUCUUCUUCACUAUUUACUAGUUGCCUUCCACUGGAACUCCUGUAUCUUCUACCUACUACACAAGGAGGACGGGUUCGGUUCUGACUCCGAUCUGUUCGGCAGAAAGUUUAAAGAACUCAAACAGGAGAAUAAUGUGGAGUAUACAGACAGGAGAACUAGUGAGGUUGAUAUCGGUCAUGUUUACCUGCUCAGCUAUUACUGGACAACCUUGGCCAUGACAACUAUAGGAAACCUGCCACACCCUAGUAAUAAGGCUCAGCUGGUGUACGUUAUUCUUCAACUUCUGAUUGGACUAAUGUGCUUUGCAACCAUAUUGGGAUACAUUGCCAGUAUAGUUACCAAUAUAUCAGCUGCUAGGAAGGAUUUUCAGGCAAAGCUGGACGGAGUAAAGACGUAUAUGAGGAUUCGGAAGGUGCCCAGUAGUAUUCAGAACAAAGUGAUCAAAUGGUUCGAUUAUCUCUGGUUAACACAGAAAUCAUCGGACGAAGAGAAAUCAAUCAAUUGUCUUCCAGAUAAGCUGAAGGGUGAGAUAGCUAUCCAUGUACACCUGAAUACACUGAAACGGGUUGAAAUCUUCCAGAAUACAGAAGCUGGGUUUCUUUGUGAACUCGUUCUUAGGCUCAAACCUGUACUUUUCAGCCCAGGAGAUUAUAUAUGUAGGAAAGGUAAGAGCUAG